CUACAUCAAAUAUUUUUUAUUUUCAUUAUAAUACCCCAACCUUUAAAAUCACACCAUUUAGCACCACUGCAUAGAAUUGAUUUUAUUUUUUGAAGUACAAAGUUGAUAUUAAUCUGUUGAUAAAAAAAUACUGAAAAUGUGUACAAAUUCAAGGAAAGUUAGAAGAAAAUUUGCUAAAUUCAAAAAGCAGAGAGGAUUAAUUUUGUAAAUAUCCACUUUUGAUAUCUCCCCAUAACCUUUUAUAAAAGCUUGUGCAAGUGACUGAAGCAAACCAGAUACAGCAGUUUUAUUCGGACAGUAGUUUUCCAUGUUCAGUUGCUGAGGUAUUCUUCUUACUGCAGUUCCUUUUAGCUUAUCUUACUUUAACCUUACAGUUCCAUUAAUCAAGUGGGUGUGGUCCGGUGGUGAAAGUGACUCCGAAAGUUCCUAAGGGACCCGGGUUUGAAACUUCACACUUAGACUACCCAUCCAUGUGGCCAGACGACAAAGAUAUCUAAUUCUCCUUACGAACAACCAGAUUUGUCUGGCUCCGGUGGACAAAUCUCCGGAAAUUAGUUGGUUGGGUUCUGCCCGCCGGAUAUCCCUAAUCAACAGAAAAAAAAAACUUUUAGUUUCAUUUUUUUUUUUUGACAUCAGUUUUGUUGUUAAAUCAUUGUCUUGUUUGUUUUUCUCUCUCUCAAAACAACAUACGAACAUGAGAACACUGACUUUGCACUGAAUAUUAGUUCUGAGAUUAUAUAGAGACAAGUGUAACUCCGAUAUGACUGUAUAACUCCGACAUGAUGCAGAGAGUACUCAAGUUCCUUGGAUCCUUAACAAUGAAUCCUCGUCACAACGAGAUCGCUCCUUUAAACACAAGCUCCGCCAACUCCCCUCGAUUCCCGAGUCCUCGUACCAAUGGUGGCGGCGAGAGUGGCCCAAGAGGCGGCAUGCCGCGUCCUCGCGGGAGAAUAUUACCACCGCUUCUGCCGUAUCCUCAGAUCCCACCGACCCGUCCGCCAAUGAGGUUGCCGACGUAUGGACCGUCGUCGCGGCCUGUCUUCUCCUUCGGCUCACAACCGCCCAUGACCCCUGCACCGUCGUGGCUACCACCAUAUUAUCUGCCAGCGCCGGUGGCUAACUACAACGCCGCUUUGCCUCCGCGUCCCUUCACGAGGCCUACCACCUCGGUAUACUCCGGUGGUAGUCUCCCGCCCAGGAAUGGUCACAGAAGGAGAAACCGUUAUAACGUUCCUUCUUCGAGUUCGCAGAGGCCUCGGAGUGCUGACCGAAUGAUCUACCCGAGGCCUAUAGAGAUGCCCUUUGGCGUGAUGAUGCCAAACGAAGCAGGCAAUGUCAUGAACGUGUUGCUCACUGACUAUAUGGACCCGGACAAGAUUUUUUAUGAUUAUAACGAGGAUGACUUGGUGAUAAUCUUUGGAGAUUCGGAUAAUGUAAAAAGCAGUGGCAGUGAGAAUAGGAGUGAAGAUACUUCGGGUGUAACGAGUGUUUCGAUGAAUAGUAAUCUCGAUUGUAACGAAUCACCGAAGCUACCUCCUUCCCCAGGGAAUCUUCAGGGUGUAACCAAUUCGGCUAAUAGAAACGAGAAUGCUUUCGAGAUUGAUAAAGGCGCGGGACACAGUCAUGAGAUUGCUCCAUCUGAUCCUAACCGUGCCAAAAGAAUCUUGGAUAACGGGGAAUCAUCUGGACGUUCAAGUGCGAAGAAGGCGCGGCGCCUUAACUAGUCGGAAGAAAAGAAUAUCUAAUGAGAGUGUUAAAAUUUCUCAAAUGAGAAGUUUCUCUCUUUGCUUUCAGUAUUUUCAUUUGUUUGCUUUCAAAAUACCCAAUGGGAUAUUAAUUAUUAAUGAGCAUGCUCUCAUAUUAUAUUAAACAAAAAUUCAUAUAUGUGACUUUGUUGCUUUUCUUUAAAGAAGAAGAAGCUUUCUAGUAUCGGAUUCAAAAUAGCAUGCUCAUUGGAAUAUUAUCGAUGAGCAUACUCUUUUAAAUUCUUCUUUUAAUAUAUACAUCAAAAUGUGAAGGUAUAUACGAAGAACAAAGUUCUUUUGAAAACAAAAAUAAAGCAUUGUAGAUGGAUCUAGAAUGUGUAUAUGAUCAAUCGUCUCAGAGUCUUGGCUAACCGGGAAUCAUCUGCACGUUCAAAUGCUAAGGUGCACGCGGCUCGUUCAAGAGUUGGAAGAAAAAGUAAGCGCUCUUGAUGAGCGCGAGGCUGAUGUAACUGCCAAUUCCAAGCUAAAGGAGGUGAAACAAAAGCACAUUAGCAACCAACCGGUUCCUGUAAAGAUGUUUUGUUAAAGUUUGUGUCCUUGUUGCAUUGCAGAGAUCUUUAUCUGUGCUGUAAGACGAGCACAACCAAGUCAGGUUUCAUGCAAACGGAUUGCAGGAGCGGUUGUCACGUGGUAAUGGUGCGUCUUCUUAAUAACCGUAAGUGUCAGGUGUUGUAGGGCUUUACGUUACUUGCAUUUCAUCUUUGCUUAUGACUUUCACUCACAUAGUCAUACGACCUUACUGUUGAAACAAAUAUUGAUUUCAGUGAACAUACCAUCUAAGGAAGUUGAGAGGUGGCCUUGGAAAAUCAUGUAGGUUCAAGGCCGGACUGAAGUCAUAGUAUUUUAUGUGCAGGGUCAUAUUGAUUAACCAAAUCUAUUAUAAAUCAUUUUCUCAAAAAGAAAAAUCAGUAUCAUGUUAGUAUAGAGAUAAGGGAAAUGAUUUGUAAUGGUAAGGCUUUGAAAAGAGCUUCUGAUUUUAUCAAGUUGAGUAAGAUUAUGUUUUUUAUUAGAGCAUUUAUAUUGGUGAGAUACUCAUUUGAAUAUCUUAUCCAUCUAAAUAUCAGUAUUUUAAUUUAAUUUAGCUGUGUUAUUAAAUUUUAAGGUAAAAAUAAAACUAAACCAUUCACAUGAAGACAUGUAUGAAAAGAGUAUCUAAUGAAAUUGUUAAAAUUUCUCAAAUGUUUUUUUUAU